CUAGUAGGAUAAGAGAGAGACUGAGACAACAAAUGCACUGACUCUCAGAGAAACCGUUGGAGAUGAUGAGCCACCGCCGACUCUUCCUCGCUAUUGUCUCCGUGCUGCUUCUCACAGCGUCGGGCGUGGCCGCGAACAACACAUUGACACGGCGGAGUCGCAUCGGCGGCGACCAGAAGCUGGUCUCGCCGGGGGACAUCUUCCAGCUCGGCCUCUUCCCCCUCGCCGACAACACCAAGUGGUUCCUCGGCAUAUGGUUCACCGUCUCCCCGGCCGCCGUUAUCUGGGUCGCCAACCGCGACCGCCCGCUCAACGCCUCGUCCUCCGGCAUAGUCACGCUUACCGGCGCAGGAGACCUCGUGCUCCUCGACGCCGCAAGCAACAACGAGACCGUCUGGUCGUCCAACUCCUCGUCCUCGGCCGCGGCGGUCGCGCUGCUGGACGACAGCGGCAACCUCGUGCUCACGGACGAUGCCGGCGCCAUGCUGUGGCAGAGCUUCGACCACCCGACCAACACGUACGUGUCCGAGAUGCGCAUCGGAAAGGACGUUGGGACCGGGGCCGAGUGGUCCCUCUCUUCGUGGCGCCACGCCGACGACCCGUCAGCCGGCGACUUCCGCUACGUAAUGGACACGCGGGGCUCGCCGGAGCUGCACAUCUGGAGGAAGGGACGCAAGACGUACCGGACGGGACCGUGGAACGGGGUGCGGUUCAGCGGCAUACCGGAGAUGGCCACCUACAAGGGCAUGUUCGGGUUCCAGUUCGCCGACACCGCCGACGAGGUCUCCUACAUGUACCACGCGUGCGACGGCUCGCCGCCGUCCCGCGUUGUCCUCCAUCAGUCUGGUGUGAUACACCGCAUGGUUUGGGACAGCGCGGCGCUCAGGUGGAGCAGCUUCUGGUCGGGGCCGAGGGACGAGUGCGACCGGUACGGCGUGUGCGGCGCGUUCGGCGUCUGCAACGAGGUCGACGCCGUGGUGUGCAGCUGCGUCUGGGGCUUCCUGCCGAGGUCGUCGGUGGAGUGGGGCAUGCGGAACGCGUCCGGCGGGUGCGCCCGCAGCACGCCGCUGCAGUGCGGGGGCGGCGCCGGCGACGAGGACGGGUUCCACGCCGUGCGCGGCGUGAAGCUGCCAGAGACGCACGGCAGCAGCGUGGACCCCGGCGGCUCGCUCGAGGAGUGCGGCCGGAGGUGCCUGGCCAACUGCUCCUGCACGGCGUACGCCGCGUCGGACAUCCGUGGUAGUGGUGGCGGCGGGAGCGGGUGCAUUCAGUGGUUCGGCGAGCUGGUGGACACGCGGUUCAUCGACGGCGGGCAGGAUCUCUUCGUCAGGCUGGCAAAGUCCGACCUAGACACUGCACCUGCAUCUCCAGAGCCAGUCAAGACUAAGAAGUUUGUCGCAGUCAUCACUAUAUUGAUAAUAGGGUUUGGGUUACUUCUGCUAUGGCUUGGCUUCUUGAUUUGGAAAAAGGUCUGGCGCGGCAAAGAAGCUACCAUGAUUGAUGACAUCAUGAUAGGCGACUGCCCGACGUACCAUUUCGAAACCAUUAGAGGCGCCACAGGAGGAUUCUGCCCCGAGAACGAAAUCGGGCGUGGUGGCUUCGGCAUUGUUUACAAGGGUCAAAUGCAAGAUGGCCAGGAAAUUGCAGUGAAGAAGUUGUCAACUGACAACAGAGUGCAAGGCCUGAAAGAGUUCAAGAAUGAGGUGGACCUCAUUGCCAGGCUGCAACAUCGCAACCUUGUACGCCUGCUUGGUUGCUGCAUCCAUUCCUCUGACAGGAUACUCGUCUACGAGUACAUGAGUAACAAGAGCUUAGACAACUUCAUCUUUGAUCUGAGGAGGCGUGCCACUUUGAGCUGGAAGACUAGGAUGGACAUCAUCCUUGGCAUUGCCAGAGGGCUUCUCUACCUUCACCAGGACUCGAGGCACACUAUGAUCCACCGAGAUCUCAAGGCGGCCAAUGUUCUCCUUAAUGGGGAGAUGGUCGCCAAGAUAUCAGAUUUCGGAAUCGCAAAGCUGUUCAGCAACAUCGGCAACAACCUGGAUUCCACCGUCACGGAAAGGAUUGUUGGGACAUAUGGUUACAUGGCACCCGAGUACGCCAUGGAUGGCAUGGUAUCAUUCAUGCAGGAUGUGUACAGCUUUGGUGUGUUGCUGCUGGAGAUUGUCACUGGGAGGAGGAACCAACGGAAUUUCAACCUCAUAGCUCAUGCAUGGAAGCUAUUUGAAGAAAACAAAUGCCUCAAGCUCCUUGACCCAACUAUGUGCGAUGACUGCUCCCUAGCGGAGCUAGAGCAGGCAUCGACGUGCAUCCAGGUAGGGCUGUUGUGCGUUCAAGAGAGCCCGAGCCAACGCCCGCAAAUGGCUGUUGUGAUCCCCAUGCUGUCACAACAACAGGUGCCAGGGCGGCCACUUCGGCCGGUGGUCUGCAUGCCGGUGAUCACUCCGGCUGACCUUCGCGACAUGAAGGAGGACACGUCUGGCAACUUCGAGAUGGUCAUUACGGACCUUGAAGGCCGGUAGCUAAAAUGUAUGGAUGAACAGAUGCAUGUCAAGCUGGAACCGAAGAUUGAAGGCAUUAUUAGUGACUGUUUAAAUGUAAUCGGGUAGGACAGGUGCAUGCACUCGGUGGCAUGGAUCUACACAAGUGUGACCUCUUAAUCUGUAAAAUAAUGCCUAGGUUAUUCACGGAGACUGCUAAAAAAAAUAAAGUUCGAUAAAAUUUCAAAUGA